AUGGCUCACGACGCUGUGUUCACAGCAACGUCGCCUCCCCGGUCCCCACUCCGACGCCGGCACGGUCCAACGGCAGCGUCCGAUUCGGAGAAGAGAAGAUCGCCGGCUAUUCUCUUUUGGAGAAGAGAGAAGACGGAAGAAGAGAUUGGAUUUGGAUCGUGGGAAGAAAUUGUCAUUUUGGAACAAGGAUUUACGUCGUUUACGCCCGUGCUUAAUUUCUACAUUCUCCUUUACCUCGAAGUUCCAUGGUCUACAAACCCUAGUUUUUUGAAUUUCUGGAAAUCAUUUGAUCAGAAGGUUUCUGUGGAGAUAUGGAGCAUGUCCGUGUCAGGAAAAAAGUUUCCUCUCGAUGCUAAAUAUUAUGAGUUAUAUGAGGAAGUUGGAGAAGGCGUCAGUACGACUGUGUACAGAGCUCUCUGCAUUCCUCUUAAAGAGAUAGUUGCAAUCAAGGUUCUUGAUCUCGAGAAGUUUAAUAGUGACCUGGAUGGUAUCCGCCGAGAGGUACAGACAAUGAUUUUGAUUGACCAUCCAAAUGUAGUGCGUGCUCACUGUUCCUUCACUACUGACCACAAUCUUUGGGUUGUAAUGCCGUACAUGGCUGGGGGGUCUUGCCUUCAUAUAAUGAAAUCAUCUUUUCCGGAAGGUUUUGAGGAGCCUGUUAUUGCUACAUUAUUACGCGAGGUCCUAAAAGCUCUUGUGUAUCUUCAUUUCCACGGACACAUUCAUAGAGAUGUGAAGGCUGGGAAUAUAUUGAUUGAUUCUGAUGGUGCCGUUAAAUUAGCAGACUUCGGAGUAUCUGCAUGCAUGUUUGACACUGGUGAUCGCCAGCGUACUAGAAAUACAUUUGUUGGAACUCCAUGCUGGAUGGCUCCUGAAGUUAUGCAGCAAUUGCAUGGAUAUGAUUUUAAGGCAGAUAUCUGGUCAUUUGGAAUAACAGCUCUUGAACUUGCUCAUGGUCAUGCACCAUUCUCUAAGUAUCCACCUAUGAAGGUUCUUCUGAUGACACUGCAAAAUGCACCACCAGGGCUAGACUAUGAAAGAGACAAACGUUUUUCCAAGUCUUUCAAAGAACUGGUUGCUGCUUGCUUGGUAAAAGAUCCAAAAAAGCGUCCCACCUCGGAAAAGCUUUUAAAGCACCCUUUCUUCAAACAUGCGCGCUCCACUGAUUAUUUAGCCCGUACCAUCCUUGAUGGCUUGCCCCCUCUAGGUGAACUGUUUAGGAUGCUCAAGGCAAAAGAAGCAGAUCUUCUUGUUCAAAAUAAGGCAUUGUACGAGGACAAGGAUCAGUUAUCACAGCAAGAGUACAUCCGAGGAAUCAGUGCCUGGAAUUUCAAUCUGGAGGAUCUGAAGAAUCAAGCUGCCCUUAUUCAGGAUGACACUAUUUCAAAUUCAGAAGAUUCAAGUGUGAGUGUGAAGCACAGGGAUGGGCAAUAUGACGCUGGUACACCUCCAGAGGGGGUGUCCCCUGAUCGGAGCAAUCAUUCAAAUGCUGCGCAGCAGCUGGAGGACAGACAAAGUGACAUUCACGAUCUAGAGAAUUCGCUUUCUGCAUUUGCUAUGAAACCUCUUCAGGCGCUCAAAGGUUGUUUUGAUGUGUUUGAGGAUGACGUGGAUGCUGGUUGUCCAAAUUGGAAAAAUUCUGUUCGCUCAGACACUGAAGAGCAGAAUCAACUACAAGCAUCAGCAAAAACUGAGCAUCAAGAAACAGGAAGAGAUGAUGGUGAAAGUGGCUCCUUGCCACCACCUGCUAUUUCAGGACAAAAUUUUUUUUCAAGCGGUUCACUGUUACAGGAUAAUGUUCAAUCUCCUAAAAAAAUUGUAGGUGAUGGAGACAGGGAACAUCUGCGACCAAGAUUUCCCAGUGAGCGGAGUUACAGCGGUCCAAUACAGUAUCGUCAAAAGAAAGAUUUCAGUACUUCUACAGCUGGGGAAGAUGUAUCUGAAGGUCCUGUAGUCCAACGUAGGGGACGUUUUAAAGUCACUUCAGCAGAUCUUAGCCCCAAGGGUUCUACGAACUGUUUCUUUAAUCCAAAUACUGGAGGCUCUACAAGCCCGAUGAACCCAAGCCUUGCGGCUGCUUCAGUUCUUCCAUCAUUGCAAUGUAUCCUGCAGCAGAACACUAUGCAAAGAGAAGAGCUAAUUAAAUUGAUCAAGUUUGUGGAGCAAUCCUCUGGCAAUCCUAAUGAGUUCUCUGAGGCAGGAAUAAAUGACAUUGUGCAGAUUCCAGCUACUGCUGCCAAGGAGAGAGAGUUACAGGCUCAGGUGAUUCAAUUGCAACAAAGCAUCGGAAGUCUAGUCGAAGAAUUGCAGAGACAGAAGAUAAAAAAUUCCAAGUUGGAAAAGAAAUUGGAAUCGAUGCUCAAGGAGAACAAAAAUACAUGA